CCGUCGUUCGGUACGCAUGUUUGAAUUUCUUCGCAGACAACACAGACUGGCCUUUGGCCACCCUACCUUGCUUCGUUUAUUUUACCGAGAGGACUGCACCUGGAUACCCUAUUUUACAACAUAUUUCUGAAGUACUGGUCUCUGGAUAAUUGUAGCCAACAUGGAUAUCGACGGAUCACGCGAUGCAGACGCAGAGGAGCUGAACGCGUCCAUCGCGCAAGCACAACGCCUUACGACAAGGCUGAGAGGAGAAAGGGACGCUCUACAAAGAGACUACGACUUCCACAAGCUGGAGACUGCCUUUAAAGUGGAGAGUCUCGAGAAGCAGCUGCAAGAAGCGCAAUCUCGUGCUGCGACCCUGGAGGAAUCGCAGAGGACAGCAGUGCACGAUCAUAUACCUACCGUAUCGAUGCACGCCUACGCCAAGUCCGAACAAGCUGUACUAGUAUCUGCCCUGGUUGUUCAACAUCUGCAGUUCGAAUCCGACACUCAGAAGCUUCAGCUCGCCUCCGUGUUACAGUGUCUAGAUGCUACGCAGCAACAGCUUGACCACGUUCAGGAACUCUUGAGGUCUAGAGAUACCACUAUCCACACACUACAACAUGGUAAUGUCCAACUCCAGGGACAGCUUGAUGCAUCCGAGGAACAGCUCUCUGCAACUAAGACUCAGGUGCGAGAUCUUACUGCACGUAUCGCAGUAUUGGAACAAGAUACCGAGAGGGAGAGAAGAGCUCACGAGGAGAUGGGAAAUGCUUUGGCACGAACAGAGGCGGAACUCGUGGACGUUUCCCGUACCCUUGCAGAUGCAGAGUCCAUACGUGACUCACAUUCUCUCCGGAUUACACACCUCGAGCAAGAUCUCGGGACUGCUCACCGGGAGCUGGAAGAGGCGGAGAGUCGAUAUACAGAGCUCCAAUCCCAUCAGCUGUCCGCUAUGUCCUCAUCCGAGGCUACUCGUGCUCUUCGCAAACAAAUCAUGGACCUCGAAGCGCGAGUCAUGCGGCGAACGGAACAAAUUGGUGUUCAUCAGCAUGACAUUAAGCGUCUGGAGACGAAUCUAAAGCUUCAGGAAGAUCGCCUGGCUGAGAUGACUGCUGAGCUCGAGGUCGCAGAGACGGAGAAAGCUGCGAUGGUGGAGGAUUGCGAGACCACCAGGGAGGAAAGGGAUCGGGCUUUGAAGAGAUGUGAAGGAUUAGAGGAGAGCAUGGAAGUGAUGGAGGACAAAAUCACCCAGAUCGACGGCCAGAGGGAUGUCGAAAUACAGUCCCUCGUGGAAAUCAUCUUGCGGGGCGUCUCCACGCGCAGAAACUCAUCUCAUGCGACACUUGCCUCAUUGUCCCAGCAUGCUGAAGCAGAGUGCCAGCUACGGGCCCGUCUCCUCGAGGUUGAUCAAUCAAAAGACCAGGUUUUCGCACAGAUACAGCAACUCCAGGAGGCUCAUCGAAGUACGCAGCAGCUUGUGGAAGAGAAGACUCAUGCAUUACAAUCUCUCGAAGCUGAGCGAGAUGCAGCACUCGCCGAGUCGCGAGCUGCAAGGGAGUCCUUGCAGACAGCUCACAUCAACUCUCGCGAAACCACAUCACGCUUCGACGAGCUCAGAAACGAGAAUGCAUCAUUGCAAAAGGAACUGGAACAGCUACGACAAGAUCUCAGAGCGAAGGUUGACGAGCUAUUUGCCCGAAAGGAAGAAUACGGCUCAUGGCAAAUCCAGAACAUCGAGCGAACAUCAGAAGACCGUUCCCGAUUUGAAGCACGAAUUGCACAGCUGGAGGACGAGUGUCAGUCCUUGCAUGAGGCAAACGAGGAUUUGACUCGCCACCAUUCAGAUGCCGAGGAAGAGCUCAAACGCACUAAGGAGGAGCUCCAUCUGCACGCUUCCACCGGAUCAGAACGAGAGCUUGUCGAGAAAUCCCUCCGUGAGGAUCUUGCAAAACUUCGCAACUCCCAUGAAGAAGAGACAAAACGGCUUCGUGACGAGCUGGCUCUCGUUCACGCGAAUCUCGAAGAUGCCAAACAACAGCAGGUUGAUCUUGAGACAUUACAUCAAGUGGCCCUCAAUGAAGCAUCUCGUGAUAAGGACGAAAUCGAGCGACAGUUGAAGGAAACCAUCGCGAGACUGAACGCCACCGUUCAGGCCGAGAGCGAUCUAAAGAACCUCCGAGCCGAGUAUAAUGAGCAAGUGAACGACUUAGAAGAGCGACUGCGACUGGCUUGUGCGGAUCUCGACUCUGUUUCUGAUGAACGUGAAAACCUACGGGACGACAACAGCCAGACUGCUCAGAAGCUCCGAGACACCGAAUUCCAGCUCUCACAAUUUCGUGCGCGAUACGACACUGAAGUGGAGGAUCUGCGCACUCGCCUUGCCCGGACUACCGAAGAAUUGGAAGCUGCAUCAAAGGGGCAAACAGAGCUCGAGGCCGCCCGUCAGUCUACCAUCGAGCGACUACAGACGGAGGCUUCUGAAUGGUCGCAGGUCAAGACUGCUCUGGAGGCUGAGUUGACAGGCCUUCGCGACCAGCACGCUGCAUUGGAGACGCGUCUGACAUCUGCAUCGAGCGAGCGAGAGGCAACGUUACAUACACUCGAGGAGCUCAAGUCCCGCCACGAGGCAGUAUUGCAGGAGCUUACUAGCAUCAAGGCCGACGGCGACGGCCGACUAGCACAACUGACAAACGAAGUUGAGCAAGUUAGGGAACAGUUGAAGGCCCAAGUCGAUGAGUACGAUCGCCUCCGACAGCAACACUCUCAGGCUUUGAUCCGAAGUGAACAAGCUGAACAGGCCCAACGGGAACUAAGCCAGGACCUCGACAGCUUGACCACUCAACUGCAAGAGACGGAUUGCCUCUUGGGACAGUUGAAGGACGAGAAGCAACAACUGCUGGAGCAAAUGACAGACCUCGAAGCUCAAGUUCAGCGUUCUUUGUCCAUGCAGCGGCAUCAAGAUAGUCAGAUCAAGGAACGUGAACAAGAGAUCGCGGCUCUGGCAGAGAAGCUCAAUCUUGUGCAAUCGAGCUUCCAACAAUCCGAACAAGCAGCCAAGGCUACGGAAAUCAAGCUCUCGUUCGAGAUAGCCCAGGAUGAGCAGACCAUAGCUAGCCUUCGACGAGAAGUCGAAUCCUUGCGAGGGAACGCGUCGUUACAAGAGACCAUCGCUGACCUUCGGGAGAAGAACGAAGAGAUGGAGCAGCUACUGCGAGCUAAGUGUCUCGAAAUCGAGGAGAACGAUGAUCGAUUCAUCGAACUCAUCAAGGAGAAAAAGAAGCUUAAUAACAAGAUCGAUUCCCUCGGCAGAAAGGUCGCUAAUCUUCAAGCCAAAUUAGCAGCAGCAACAGAGAUCAACCCACUUGCACCGGUACCUGCAAAAAAUCAACCACAAGCCUUAACUUCCACUUCUCGAGCCCCUGCAAUCGUCGCGCCUCAGGCGUACCCAACGCCCAGCAGUUCACGUUCGAGAACGUUGUCUGGGCCAUCUGUUCUUGCAAGACCCAAAACACCAGAGCAUAGGGUUCCACCCCCACCUGUGUUCAGAGCGCGGACGCCGGAAUCAAAACGUUUACCAUCCAUACCACCGUCUUCAAAUUCGCCACCUCCAUCAAUGCCUAUGUCAUCCUCUUCAUCUUCAAUGAUGUCGGCGGGAAAGAAACGGCGAGCGCCUGAUGACUUCGAGGACGGUGAGGGUCUCCCUCCUCAAGUCUUCACCAGUGACAGUGUACCUAGCCAGGAUCCAGAUGCAUUUACUCCGCGAAUUCGCAGAGCGUUACAUAGCGUUCGAACGGGCUUCACGCCUAUCCGAAAUAGCGCUACUCGCCCUCAUCCAAAUCAACUUUCACCACGAAGAGCAACUACUGGGGCACCGAUCAUAGCCGACGUCACGAAUAGUCCGAGAGGCCAUAAGCAUGGGGACCCGGCAGAUAAAGCGAUGAAACGAGGCGGAUGGCUGGGGAAGAUGCGGGGAGGUCAGGCCCCGAGGUCAGCAACAAUGCUGUCUCAACCGGUAUUCGAAAGACCGCAGAGUCAUGGAGGACCAAGUCGGUGAUUGAUUGAUUUCUUUCCGAUUCUCAGUUUCCUUCAAUCUCGGACUGAUCGUAUCUACACGCAUAUGUAUUUCUACGCAUUUGAUAUGUUUAACAUUAUCGACUCCUUUCAUUCCUAGUGUUCCGAUACCUGUAUACUUCGAACGUCAAUAAUGCAGAACAUCUCGAUUUUCCAACCAUGGUCCCAUUUUGGUACUUUGUGCCACUGGCACUCGCAAGCACUACCUCAGAUGAAUGUCAACACACUUAAUGCUCACCAGGACAAAUGUUGUCACCCAUCGUAUCAGAAAUCCAAGGCAGGCUGACAAUUGUAUAGGUCAGUGCCCGUGUGCAGAAACAAGUGUUCAAAUAAAUGCCAUAUACUACA